AGGUGUAUAUAAGAAACACUUGAAAACCACAUGAGACUGCAAUUCACCAGAGGCCACCGCAACAGAAAAGAACUUGAAGUGGGAUCCACAGAGUCUCUUCUAAGGUGAUAAUGGCCGCAGAUGCUUUGCAGGAGCUGAGGCAACAGUGUCUUAACAGAGGAGCAUCAGGAAUCAAGGGUCUCGGGAGGAUGUUUCGUAUUAUGGACGAUGAUGGCAGUAAGUCUCUGGACUUCUCGGAGUUUGAGAAAGGGCUGGAAAACUAUGGCGUGUCUGUGGGGAGGGACAAAGCCAAGCAGAUCUUUGCCUUGAUGGAUAAAGACGGAAGUGGCGUACUCAACUUUGAGGAGUUUCUUGAGAAUUUAAGGCCGCCCAUGUCGAAUGCACGGAAGCAGGUGAUCAACAAAGCUUUUCAGAAGCUUGACCGAACAGGAGAUGGCGUGGUGACUGUAGAAGAUCUACAGGGCGUUUACAACAGCAAACAUCACCCCAAAUACAAGAGCGGGGAGUGGACCGAAGAACAAGUCUUCCACACUUUCCUGGACAGCUUCGACUCUCCAUACGAGAAGGAUGGAAAGGUCACACUGGAAGAGUUUGUGAAUUACUACAGUGGAGUCAGUGCCUCCAUUGACAGCUGAUGAGUAUUUCAUCACCAUGAUGCAGAACGCAUGGAAACUCUAGACAUACUCAUGAAACCUUCAUUUCUAUUUGUGUUCACGUCAAUUCGAAUCAUUCACAUCAGUGUUUCUCAAUGCGGCUCCCAGAGACCAUUUCCCUUUCUGACACUCAAUACAGCUUAUGAGCGGAAGAGUUGAAUCAAGGGUUUUCAGCACUAUUCCAAUGGCAAUUGUUUCUCUUUUGCAUUCAGACGGCAAUUAUUAACAAACUAAAAUACCAGGAGAAAACUUUCCGUUAGCAUUCUCAUCUCAAUGCAUUUACAUUUACAUUUAUGCAUUUGGCAGACACUUUUAUCCAAAGUGACUUACAGUGCACUUAUUACAGGGACAACCCCCCCGGAGCAACCUGGAGUUAAGUGCCUUGCUCAAGGGCACAAUGGUGGUGGCUGUGGGGAUCGAACCAGCGACCUUCUGAUUACAAGUUAUGUGCUUUAGACCACUACGCCACCACCAGUCCAUUUUAUUUUGCGAAGCAAAAGCUUAGAUUAUGUGACAAUGCGUUUUUCUUUUAUUUAGAAUAACGUCAUGACGCACACCAUUUUACCGAGAAAAGGACAUUUGAACGGAAACGGCUAUUUUAGCAACCAAUUUUUUUUUUUACGCAUAUUCACCUUGUCGAUAACAGAAGAGCGCAAACAUUGGAGGAAAACUUGGUUACUGUUAACCCCAAAAAUGCAGAUUCUCUCAUCAUUUCUUCACCCUCAUGCCAUCCCAGAUAUGUAUGACUUUCUUUCUUCUGUUGAACUCAAACGAAGAAUAUCUCAGCUCUGUCGGUCUAUACAAUGCAAGUGAAUGGUGACCAGACCUUUGAAGCUCCAACAAUUACAUAAAGGCAGCAUAAAAGUAAUCCAUAAGACUCCAGUGGUUUAAUCCAUGUCUUCAGAAGCAUUAUGAUAGGUUUGGGUGAGAAGCACAUCUAUAUUUCAAUCCAUUUUUACUAUAAAUCUCCA